GGUAGGGUGCGUCGCGCAGGCGUGCUUCAGUCGCCCGCGCGACCCCGCUGCCGCCGGCCGCGCGCCAUGGACGAAGGAAGAGCGCGCGAUCGCGCUCCACUCACGGUUAUAGUCGCCCCGAGCAACGCCUCGCCGCCCAGACUGUCGCCCGCGGACCUGCUGCCCGACGGGGACGCGGCGUUCCACCCUCUGUCCGCAGUGAACGGGCGCCUGACCCCGCCGGGGCUCGAGCCAGCCUCGUACGCGACGCUCACCCCUCUGCUCCCGCUGCCGCCGAUCAGCACCGUCUCGGACAAGUUCGCGUACCACGCCGGGGGCACGUUCACAGUAAUACAGCAGCAGCAGUCGUACGCGUCCCUAUCACCGACUGCGUACAAUGAGCCUCUGUCGCCACAGUCCGCGUACAGCAGGCGGAGUGCAUCGCCGAACUCAUUCGAAAGGCGAUCCCCCACGCCGCCAUUACCGAGUCCGGGGCUGGACUUGAACGCGGCGUUGCUUGCCCGGGAGGAGCAGCAAGCGCAACAACAGCAACAAGCUCAGACAGACACAGAAGAAAUAAAUACAAAAGAAUUAGCUCAGAGGAUAAGUGGGGAAUUGAAGAGGUACUCGAUCCCUCAGGCGAUAUUUGCUCAGAGGGUGCUGUGUAGGUCGCAGGGGACGCUGAGUGACCUGCUGAGGAACCCGAAGCCUUGGUCGAAGCUCAAGUCUGGGAGGGAGACGUUUAGGAGGAUGUGGAAAUGGCUUCAGGAGCCGGAGUUCCAGAGGAUGUCGGCGCUGAGGCUCGCAGCGGCCCAGAUCCCACAGAGAGGCAGCUGCAAGCGCAAGGAGGAUUUGGGUUCGGAUAUGCCUUCCCCGAAGAAACCGCGUUUGGUUUUCACAGACCUCCAGCGGCGUACUCUACAGGCUAUUUUUAAGGAAACAAAAAGACCAUCAAAAGAAAUGCAAGUAACCAUAGCAAGACAAUUAGGACUAGAGCCUACGACUGUGGGCAAUUUCUUCAUGAACGCGAGAAGACGAUCGAUGGACAAGUGGAAGGAUGACGAUGCGCCAACCACGGACCUGGAUCAGCAGUGUGAGCCUCAUGACCUGGACAGGGUUCCUAGUCUUGAUUCAGCAGAAUCUGAGGAAGACCAUGAUGAGCACGAUGACCAUCUUUUGUGACGCCGUCUUCCCCAACAGCAGCUUCUCGUGCUAUGAGAAUCGCUUGUUUUGGGCUCCGAACUGUCUGUCUCUGUUGUUGAGAGGGAUAAGUACUGAUGUUUUCUUUUUUAUAUGUCUGGUUCUGUACUGUUGAGUUUUAAGAGUAAGUCUACUUGGUCUUUUAUGAAAUCUAAUGCUGUUGAUUUGAUUGAAUGUCCAUCAGCGUUAGAAGGGCUUUAGUAUUGGAUAUUUUUUCAACUGUUCGUUUAAAGAUUCUUUUAUAAUUACGAUCUGAAUGUAAUUUUCUAUCUUUCUAUUCCAAGUAUAAAAUUUUCGGGGCCCUAAACAAAAAUAAGUUAAAAAUAAAAGUGUACAGUCAAAACUUACGUGAAUAGUGCGACGCCGAAGCCGUUUUAGAUAAAGUUUAGUUGUUAGCCGCUGGGUGGCGCCACUGUGUCGAUGAUCGAGAGAUUUGUCGGUAAACAAUCGAUUUCCUGAUCGAUUAACUAAGGUUGUCUGAAAUCGAUUGUCAAGUGUGAGGAGAGUUGAAUACGUCAUUGCUACGAUUAGUAAUUUUUAGGCAAUUAGGAAUGUUUUUUCUACAAGAAUGACUGAAGCGAAACAGGAAAUUGUAAAAGCCUCCUCACUACUUUAUCGACAAGUCUAUCGAUACAAAUAAUAGUGUUGCGCCCCAGAUUGAUCUCUAUAUCAAACGUUUCUAGUCAAACGUGAACUAAAAUAGUUAACAUUUAGUUUUUAUUUUAGAACGACAAUAUGUAUUUUUUAGCAUAACACAAUCACUUUGGAUUCUGGCGUCCUAUCUAUACAAAAUUAUUAAAAUCACAGCUCCGUUCUAGUGCAAUAAAACGCAAUUAUCUUGUAUUUUCAUAAGUGUAAGUUUAAAAGAAAGUAUUAUUAAGUAUAAAUAAAUCAGUUUACACAAAAUGGCGCCUCUAUUCAAAGUUGAUUGUCAUUAGAUAACUGUAAACGAUGAAACAAUGGAUCUUUUUAAUGUAGAGCGAAUAUCCGAUGAAAUCGGAUCGAAGUAAUAAUGUUUAAAUAAGGGAUACGUUACAUGAUUUCAAAGUCAUAUUUUAAGUAACUACCUACUAAUCUUUGAGCACACAUUAUCGAUAUUUUUGAAAAAAAUGCCAUCACUAAAUUAAAAGUAAUAUAAGGAUUGUGCACACUAAAUGUUUUUUGAUAUUUAUGUGUAUGAAUAACAAAAUUUUGAAGUAGAAAAUGCAUACAAGUUUCUACUUAAUUUUUUUAUUUUUAUUUUUGAUAACUCUCAGUGGUAAUAAAAAAUGAAAGUUACUGAGAUUGAUGAUUCAAUUAUCAGGAGUUACCUUAAUAGGUUUAAAAUGAUUAUAUUCAAGUAUUCAGAUCGAUUUCUGCCAAAGCGACUUUGCUUAUCAACAACUUCACUGGACUCCUCAAGUAGCUGAAAAUGCCAAGUUUUGCAAUAGUAUAAUGCAAAAUGUAUCUAUUUAGUUAAUUAAAAUCAUGUAACGUAAACCAACUAGUCACGAUUUCAUAACCAUUCCAUUUAAUUUUACAACGGCUGAUUAAAAAAUUUCGAAAGCAACUUUGUGCGUGAUAUUAUCUAGUUAUUAACUUUAGGUAUAAAAACGGUAUUUAUUUAAGAACUGCUUCAUUAUAAGUCUAGUCUGAUUUGUGCAAAAUGUAGGUUAUUAAAAAAAUAAUAAUGCUUGGAACAAAUUGUUGGAUGCACUGAGCGAGCGAAUGCAAUGUUUUAUAGGUGUUAAGUGGACGUUAUUCAUGGGUGAAUUUGACUAUGUAAUAUAUUUUUAAAUUCGUUCAAUUCUCUUUUCUGUUGAUUAGCAAAUUGUUUAAGUUUUUGUUUUGUAGUGAGCUUUGAGCUCACUUUAAACUUUAGCUAUUCAUUUUAACAGUUACGUAUAUUAUUCAAGUUCAAGUUAUUUUAAACAAACAAUACAUUUCGUUUGAAAAUUAUCGUGACAGAUAUUUUAAAUAGUUUUGCAUAAAUUCAAACUCUUAAAUAUGGACCGUCCAUUAAGAAGUGGAUUAUACUAUCAGAAGAAAAGAAAAUAAUUUGUCAAUCAACAGAAAAAAGAAUCUGAAAAAACUUCUAUGUUAAAACAUUAUAGCGAGUAGAAAUUGGUUUUUAUAUAGAAGUAUGUAAAUAAAUUACAACGUUUCAAGCAAUAUUCGUAGUUGUAAAACUGUGCAAAUGCCUCCUAUUCAUAGCGACGUCACUAUAAGAAUUUUGUACCUGUAUGUAAUAUUUGUAUCUUAAUAUUAUUAUAAUAUGACUCAUUAUUGUAUGCAGUUACUGUUUAGGAGUAUAACUAGUCAAUAUAUUUAUUAAAUAUGAUUUGUAUCUGGUUUAUUCAAAGCUAUGUUUUAUAGCGUUCGCGUCGCUCGCGCAGUGUGCAAUCGACUUGUCAUCUACAGGAUGAUUUUUAGUUUAAAGCGAAUAUUUUUAGUUUUAGUUUAAGUAAAAUUUAUUUAUUAAUUUAAAGUUUAUUUAUUAUUGAAUGACUAGUCUCUGUACAUUUACGACCAAAGAUGUGUUUAGUGCAAUUCUUUUUGUUUUUUUUUUCCAUAAAUAAUAGAGUUGAUUUUAUUUUCUGGUUUUUGUACCAUUUUCAAGCAUUUUUAUGUUUCAGUGUGUCUUUAUUUUUAGUUUAAUUUUAAAACAUAAACAGAUAUUUAUUACGAGAGAAAACUGUUUUUUUUCAAUAACUGUAUUGUUUUUUAAUACAUUUAAUCCAGCCCUGUUACUGGACAGUCAUUUUCAAAUUGAAAAUAUACACAGAUGUCGGAUAAAAUAUUGUACCUAUUAUUAUAUUACAAAUGUGUUUAAACAUAUCUUGUCCCUAUAUUAUUUAUGUCAUUUUGGGACAUUAAAUAUGUACCAUAAAUAAUAUUAUGUAAACUAACAAACAAUGGUAAAAGAAUGCUGGAUUUAUUUUAUAUACAACAGGUUUCAUCUAUUCCAAUAAAACUUAAUGGUCAAUAACCUUACAAACCAUGAAAUAUUUAUUUAUUAAAGUGUUAAAUGACAGUAUUAAUUACCUAAAAUAGAUAUUUUCUAUUUGGCCGAAGGGCAAUGACACACCGGUUUAAUAGCUAUUGCAAUAUAAUUCUCAAAGAUUUAUUUUAGCUCUUUUUUAUUUGUUGCAAAAUGAGAAAUGAUAAAAACCUUUAAAUACAUUUUUAUGAAAUACAAUGGGAAAGUCCAGUUUCAUUUUGGAAUAAGUUUAGCAAAAAUGUUUUUUUGCAAAUUUAAUCUAUCUAGUCUUACCUUAUUUUGCAGGCAGCAUGUAAAGUCAUUUAAGACAAUAUUUAAUAUAGGGUAUCCCAUUUUUAAGACUUGUAGAUUAGAUCAUUAAAUUAAUUCUGUUUUCAUUUGACUAAUAUACCUCUCUGGAACACGUAUACGUAUUGUAAAAGUUAAAUAUUGCAACAUAAUAUAAUACAGUGCAAUGUGAACAAAAUAAUUUAUGAAUGGAAAUAUAGAGGAAAGGUCCAUCCUCGUUUUUGAAAAUUAACUUAGACACAAGUAAUUUUUUUGACUGUUUAUUAAACCCUUUUAAACAACUUAAUUUUAAAUUGUAUCUAGUCAGAUACAAAGCUUAAUUCCUAUAAUAAUUUAAAUAGAAACACAGUAAGGUUAUUUCCAUUCUUGGGUUAUUUUAAUUAUUAACUAAAAAUCACGGUUUACUCACGUACAGUAAUGGAGAAAAGCUCUAUUAGUUUCGAGUCACAAAAGGACUCUUCAUCAUCAGCAGCGUGCGCAGACGUGGCGACGUUGAUCUUUUCCGUUAAUGUACGUGAGUAAACCGUGAUUUUUAGUUAAUUUAGUAUGUCUUAAGAUGUUUUAAGUUUUUUUCCUUACAUAACCAAUGUUUUUUCUAGUCAUAUUUAAGUUUGUAUUGAUCAAUAAUUGGUUUAAUCGACUAGUCGAACACAAAAUUGUAUGAACUGUAUUAUACAGUGAAACUUGGUUAAGUGGGACCUGGAUAAGUGGGAAACAACUGGACCUCAUACUGAGGUCCCAAUAUAUUGGCACUGUAUUACCUCUAUUAGUGGGAAAAUAAUCCGCUUUACUUGGUAUUCGUUGUUUUGAUCUAUCAUCAUUGCAGGUCCGUUUAUGUCUCACUUAAUAGGUUUCACUGUAUCUAUUAAUAACCUCUUAAACAUUCCAUAAUAACUUUUUUAUAAUCUUUUUAAUUCCAUGUAAUCCAUUGACAUUCCAUAUGAAUUUUUCUUUAAAUUUUUUCUAAUAAUAUUAAGUGAAAAACAUAAAAAUAUGUAUCUAAGAAAUUGCGCACAAAAAAUUCAGUACAGGACAUUAUUUUUGACUUUUAUGAAAUUUUCAGUUCUUUGGCUGUCCGUAAGAUUUUUGCGUAAUCUGUACUUAAAAUACAAGUUUGAUACAAUCGAGUGAAAUGCAAAAAUGUAAUAUUUUUGUGUAUGUAUAGUACAUAAUAGUGCGCUUUCCGAUGUAAAUAGUUCGUGAUUAUAUGUAAGAUUAUAUGUACAUUUUACAAAA